AUGUUUUGGAAAUUUGACCUCCAUGCCACAUCACACAUUGACACUCUGCUGGAGAGGGACGAUGUAAGACUAACUGACAUAAUGGAUGAAGAGGAUGUUCUGCAAGAGUGCAAAGCCCAGAACCACAAAUUGAUUGACUUCCUUUUGAGACCUGAAUGCAUGGAGGACCUCGUUACCUUCAUUACGCAAGAACCAAGUACUGAUGUGGAGGAUAAUGUUAAAUACAAGUAUCCCAACAUAUCAUGUGAACUGCUUACAUCAGACGUGAGCCAAAUUAAUGACAGAUUAGUGGAAGAUGAAAAACUGCUGAUAAAACUGUAUAGCUUUCUUCAGAAUGAGCCACCUCUUAAUCCACUUUUGGCCAGCUUCUUCUCUAAAGUUCUUUCUAUUCUCAUAGGACGUAAACCUGAACAGAUAGUAGGGUUUCUUCGAAAGAGAGAGGACUUUGUAAACUUUAUGAUCAAACACAUAGGGACUUCAGCCAUCAUGGACCUGCUACUCAGGAUGCUCACAUGUAUUGAACCACCACUUUUACGACAGGAUGUCCUUAAUUGGCUGAAUCAGGAAAAUAUAAUUGAGAACCUUGUGGACAUGGUACAGCCCUCUCAGGAUGAAGAUAGACACUCCAAUGCCUCACAGUCACUAUGUGAGAUCAUCAGACUGAGCAGAGACCAGAUGUUCCAGGUCCAAGGAUGCCCACAACCUGACCCAUUACUGGCUACACUUGAAAAGCAGACCACCGUGGAAAAACUGCUGUCUCAUAUCUUUGACAAGGAGAAGAAUGAAUCUGCAAUUGUCAGUGUUAUCCAGAUUCUUCUGACAUUGUUUGAAACAAGACGACCAGCGUUUGAAGGCCAUAUGGAAUGCUCCCCAAGAAUGUCCAACCCUUCAUUCUCUGUCAAUCAAAGCAUCUUGGAGGCUGUGAGACCACGACUAAAAGAUUUUCAUCAACUUCUGCUGGAUCCCCCAAAGAACGACAUGAUGAAGACAACAUGGGGGGUACUCGAUCCUCCUGUGGGUAACACAAGGCUCCAUGUGGUCCGACUAGUGGUCAGUCUGUUGCAAACCAACACUCCCUGUAUCAGUAAAGAGCUCAUUCACCUCAACACCCUGGGAAUAAUACUUGAUAUGUAUUUCAGAUACAUCUGGAACAACUUCCUCCACAUUCAGGUGGAAAUCUGUACAGCUGUGAUUUUGGUUAUGCCUCCUUUCACCACUGACGUCCAGCUUGAUGCAGAACAGGAAAAUGCCAGAGAGAGCAUCCUCGUCAGACACUUGUUUCAAAAAUGCCAUUUCAUACAGAGAAUCGUUGAAGCCUGGAACACUAAUGAAAAGGAGCAGGUCGAAGGUGGUCGGCGGCGAGGAUACAUGGGUCACCUCACUAGAAUAGCUAAUUCAAUACUUCAUAACUGCGAUAAAGGUCCUAAUGGAUUGCAGAUACAACAGCUCAUCUCUGAGCUAAAAGUCGAGGACAGAGAAAAAUGGGAGGCCUUCAUAUCUGGGCAGCUGGCUGACACAAACAAAAGAAACACUGUUGACCUGGUGAACACACACCAGAUCCAAUCCUCAACUGAUGAUGAGGUUGAAUUUAAAGAUAGCAGCUUUCACCAUGACUCAUCUAUUCAACAAGCGUUUUCUGAUUAUCAGAUGCAACAAAUGACGUCCAAUUUUAUUGAGCAGUUUGGCUUCAAUGAUGAAGAGUUUGCUGAUCCAGAUGAUGUUUUGGAUAUUCCCUUUGACAGAAUAUCAGACAUCAGUUUUUCACUGAAUACAAAUGAAAGUGUGAAAGUAGCUAUGUUUGAAGCCCGCUGUAGAGAGAAAAUCCAGCAAUUUGAGGAUGUUGGUUCAGAUGAAGAGGAUAUCUGGGAUGAAAAAGAUGUCACCUUUGUACCAGAAGCACAGAGGCGCCCCAGGAGUGCGGGUAGCACAGACAGUGAGGACAGCACUGACUCUGAGGAAGAGGAUUCCAAGAAAGAUGUAUUUGAAGCUUCUAAUCCCAACUCUGAAGACAUGGAAGUCGAAACAGACACAGCAUGGAGUGGCUAUUCUGGUCCCGAUUCAAACUCCGGGACAGGCUGGGCUGAUUUCUCUAACUUCUCCCCCACCAGCCCCAAUGAUCCACUAAUGUGCAAUACUCCUGUUGCUAUGGAGACCAACAUAGAGAAACUGGAUCCUCUAGGCGUCAUCGGACCGUUAUAUUCGGAGGAAAACAAUGGCUGGUUGAGUCCGAGUGUUUCGUCGUCCUCAUCUGUCACAUCUAAGGGUUGUGGAAGAUCUAAAAUGGUGGAUGAAUCUACUUGCAAUGUGCAACGGAGUAUGACGGACACCGUCAUCAAUGGCUCUUUAAAAGAGACUUUCAGCCUCACUGUUGAUGCAAAGACUGAGACUGCUGUCUUUAAGAGAGUGUUGAAAUCAUAUCGCAGUGAGAAGUGCAAGUACACAAUGGAAUUCCCCAAUGGCCCUCGAGAGGAAAUGUCAAACAUAGAAGAUGCCAAGUAA